AUGGGACAUGGCGGCAGUGAUGGGCCAGCCCAUUUUAAGGAUGGCUGUAUUGAUUUGCUAGCUGGGACGAUGGGUGGCAUCGCAAACGUAUACGCCGGGCAACCCCUUGAUACGGUCAAAGUUAAAGUGCAAACUUUCCCGCAUCUCUAUACAAAUUGGGUGGACUGCCUGAAAGAUACCUAUGGUCAUAGCGGAAUUCGUGGAUUGUAUGCAGGUACGCUCCCGGCCCUUGCUGCCAACAUUGCCGAAAAUGCCGUUUUGUUUUGCGCAUAUGGAUACUGUCAAAAGGCGGUCGGCGCCGUCGUAGGCCACCCGGACCCGAAAACCAUGACGACCCUCCAAAAUGCGAGCGCCGGCGGGCUGGCAGCUGUUUUUGCGGCGCUCGUGUUGUGCCCCACGGAAUUAGUGAAAUGUCGGCUUCAGGCAGCCAGGGAGACCGACCCCACCAAGAAGUUCACGCCCUUUUCUGUCUGCCGAGAUUUGAUCAAAGAAAAGGGUCCAAAGGGGUUUUUCGUCGGGAUGACGCCGACUUUGGCUCGAGAGGUACCGGGAUACUUCUGCUUUUUCGGGGUUUAUGAGGGUGUUAGGUAUCUUUUCACAAAGCCCGGGCAAUCGAAGGAUGAGAUUGGGUUGGCGAGAACGGCGGUUUCUGGUGGCCUUGGGGGGAUGGCGCUUUGGACUUCGAUUUUUCCGGCUGAUGUCAUUAAAUCGAGGAUGCAGGUGUCGGAGACGGGAGGGAGUCUGGCGGUGUUUAGGCAGAUUAUGAGAGAACAAGGAGUCCGCGGUCUCUACAAAGGCCUCCUACCAACCCUUAUCAGAACUGCUGUAGCCUCAGCGUGCCUUUUCGUGAGCUACGAAGAAACUUCAAGGCUUCUCCAUCGAGUCCUU